AAUUCGGCGCCGCCUCUUCCUCUUUCCCUCGCCGGUUUUUUUGGAGCCAUGGCGCUGGCACCGCCAGAAGCUUCCGCCUCCAAUGGGUCCUUCAGCUCCUCGGGGAAGUUGAAGAGCAACAGCGAAUGCGUCAAGGUGGUGGUGCGCGUGCGGCCUCUGAGCUCCAAGGAGAUUGCCGAAGGCCGCGAGGUGAUUGUGCACAUGGACGUGAAGCGGCACGUGGCCAUUCUCCACCGGCCCGGCGGCACGGAGAGGGACGCCAAGGACUUCACCUUCGAUGCCGUUUUCAACGAACAGAUGACUCAACAGCAGAUCUUUGACGACACAGCCGCGGACAUCUUGGACAGCGUCAUGGAUGGCUUCAACGGCACCAUCUUCGCCUAUGGGCAGACGGGGGCCGGGAAGUCCCACACCAUGACGGGGCCGGUGGGGGGCGCGUCGGAGCUGCAAGGCCUGCUGCCGCGCUCCUUCCAGCACAUCUUCACCAACAUCGACAUCACUUCACAAGACACCACGUAUCUGGUUCGGGGUUCCUACCUGGAGAUCUACAACGAGGAGAUCCGGGACCUCCUGUCCAAGAACCCCAAGGAGCGCUGCGAGCUCAAGGACAGCCCCAACAGCGGGGUUUAUGUCAAGGACCUCUCGGCCUUUGUGGUGAAGAGUACCGAUGAGAUGCACAAGAUCUUGGACGCCGGGCUGGCCAACCGCGCUGUCAGCGCGACGCAAAUGAACGAGACGUCUUCCAGAUCGCACUCCAUCUUCAUGAUUACGGUGGAGCAAAGCGCCCGCGGCGUGGACGGCGCAGACCACAUCCGCGUGGGGAAGCUGAACAUGGUGGACCUCGCGGGUUCGGAGCGUCAGAGCAAGACAGGGGCCACGGGGGAAAGGCUGAAGGAGGCCACGAAGAUCAACCUCUCGCUGUCCGCCCUAGGGAACGUGAUCUCCGCCCUUGUGGACGGGAAGUCCUCGCACAUCCCGUACCGAGAUUCCAAGCUGACGCGGCUGCUGCAGGACUCCCUGGGCGGCAACACCAAGACCGUCAUGGUGGCCAACGUCGGGCCCGCGGAUUACAACUACGACGAGACGAUGUCCACGCUUCGGUACGCCUAUCGUGCCAAGAACAUCAAGAACAAGCCCCGGAUCAAUGAGGAUCCAAAGGAUGCCAUGAUCCGGGAGUACCAGGAGGAGAUAAUGAGGCUCAAGGCUGAGCUGGAUGCAUCUGGUGGCGAGAUGGUCGAUGAGAACGGAGUGCCCAUGGGUCCGGGGGGAGUGCGGGUGGAGAAGCAGGUGGAGUAUGUGGAGAAGAUUGUGGAAAGGACGGUGGAGAAAGAGGUGAUCGUGGAGCAGGGCCCCAGCCCAGAGGAAGUGGCAGCCAUGGAGGAGCAGCACCGCCAGCAGAUCCACGAGGCCCAGAUGAAGGCGGAAGCGCGACGCCGCGAGGUAGAGGCCCAGCGCGACCUAGCAGAGUCCGAGAGGUUGCGGCUUCUGGCCCAGAUCGACGAGGAGGAGAACAUCUCGAUGCAGGAGGAGCAGCACAAGCUGGAGCUGCAGGGAAAGCUGCAGCAGAUGGAGAUGAAGAUGGUCCAGGGCAAGCAGGUGAUGGAGCAGGCCAUUAAGCAGGAGCAGGAGCUCAAGAAGCAGCAGAGGCGACUGAAGAAGCAGCAGGAGAGGGAGGAGGAGCUGCGGCGCCAGGAGGAGCAGCAGCGCCAGGAGAACAUGCAGCUGGAAGAGCGAUGCGCCUCCCAGGAGGAGCAGGUCCAGAAGCUCACAACGAAGCUGCAGAAGCUCUGGGACAAGUACCAGAAGGCGCAGCAAGAGAUGGUGGAUCUCCAGCAUUUCAACCAGCAGGAACGUGAGGACAUGCUUUCCAUGAUCCGCGAGCUGCGGCAGACGCUGAAGCUUAAGUCUCUGAUCAUGGAGUCCUUCGUGCCCAUGAAGGAAAUCCAGAACACCCAGGAGCGUGCAGUUUGGGACCAGGAGGAGGAUGAGUGGAGGAUCGCCCCCAUCAUGCUGGACAAGGAGAAUCGCCCACAACGACCGGGCUCAGUUCUGGGCUUGCCCAGGCCCACCUCGGAAUUCACCCGGCUCAACCGCACCAUGGGGGAUUCCAACCCAAGGUACAUGUACGACUCCAUCCUGUUCACGGACCUGGAUCUGCCUGAGCGGACUACUGAGGACUACGAGGUGCACCCCGAGUUGGGGGACCGCAUUGAGCGUGCCCUGACCCUGGCCCUGGCCCAGGAAGAUGAGGAGCAGGUGAAGGAGAAGGAUCGCCCCUCCACCAGCCAGAAGAAGAGGCCGUCCAGUGGUCGACCGGGCACCGCCAAGAAGGAUGGCGCCGCGGCCGCUGCAUUUCCGCAGGCACGUGGCCUGGUCUCGCGGGAGUAGGGGCAGGGGCAGCGCGAGUGUCCGGAGUCCGGAAGCGACCGGCGACGUGCCGUUGUGCAGACUGGCAUACCUGAGCGCCGAAUCGUCUCACCAUGAAUUCUGGCUGAAAUGUCCCUGUUCAGGCCUGCCAGCCUUCAAAACAGGUGGAGAUGCAGAUUACCUUGAAUAGGGUCCUUGCCUGCUUUAGAGAAUGGCAGUAGCGGUUAGGCCCCUGUGCCUUCGCUUUGCCUCGCCUUCGCAGCUUCCCGUCCCCGCUUCGCCUUGCACGGAAUUCUGAAACUGCCGCCCAAGGUGCUUG